AUGACGACCCCGGAUUCUGACAACGGCGAGUCGUACGGGAGUGCUCCGUUAUCGUUUCGUGCUCCGAUGUCGAACUGUGCCAAGUCGAUUAUCGAUAGGAAACUGCGAAAAUUUGCUUCGGAAACAUCGUUCGCAACGGAGACAGCCAGUGAAAGCAGCAUCGAACGUGAAGUACCGGGGCGUACACGGGUAUUCACCGUGAGGACGGUACCACGACGUAUACUCGCUCAUCGUGGUCGUAACGAUUCUGAUGGAAGUGGUGGUAGUGAAGCGACUGUGGCAAGUGGCUCGGCCACCCCACGACGCGCUUUGCGAAGACCAAAAAGCCAGAGCGAGCUGCACACAAGCUGCACGAGCGCCACGCUCCAUUCGCUCGAAAGCGCCACGGCUGCGAUCCCGAAUGACGAGCGACGAGCCAGCCAUGUCUACAUGAUCGACGAUGACAGCGUGCACGAAUUCGAAGAUGACGACGGUAAGAUUCUUCGCAAUAUAUCCAAAGCUCUUCAAAUGACUGGUUACUGUUGA